GUAACAACAAAUUUUAUAUUUAUACAAAAUAAAUUAAAUUCAGUUUCUUUCUCUCUUCUCUUUCUCGGUUUCCCCAUUUUCUAUCUAGACAAAGAGUGUUGUCUGAAUUGGCUCUGUCUCAAAAAAUGAAAUUCUCAAAUUAACCACAACGAUCUUUAGAGCCUUCUUCGCUCACCGAUCUCUGAAACCCUGGUUUGCUCUCGUCCUCUUCGUGUAACGAUUCUUCUUCUUGAUAAAUUUUUAAUCUUUGUUUCGGCUUUUCGAUGAAAUUGUUUUUUUUUUGGAUCUCGUCUCUAUCAGCUCAUGUUCUUCUUUGAUUAUAUGAUAAUUGUUGUUUCCUUUGCUCUGUUUUAUGAUUAUUGUUGAUUUUUGAGAUUGAAAUGUUCGAGGGUUUCUACUGUUCACUGUUCUUUACACGUAUCAAUGUUUUCUUGAUCAUGUUCUCUUAUGAUGUUAAUAGAGAGACUAGUGUUAUUGUGAUGAAUGAUUCUUGUUAACUAAAUUUGUCAUUUUUGUUUUCACUUGACAUUCAUUUCUCUAACCAUUUAUUAUAGGUAGUUUCUAUGAGUAUGUCGCAGUCUCGAGCUGUCCAAAGAUCGUCUUCACCUAAUGAGGAUAGAGGUGAGAAUCAGUUAGUGGUUUAUGACUUGAAAGGAAAUGAUGAUACUGAAGAAGAAGUUCUACCGGUUCAAUCUCAGCCUUUGUCAUCUAGAACACAGUGUCCCUCUAUCGGGGCAUUUACGGUUCAGUGUGCAAGUUGUUUCAAAUGGAGACUCAUGCCUUCAAUGCAGAAGUAUGAAGAGAUUAGGGAACAGCUUCUUGAAAACCCGUUUUUCUGCGAUACAGCGCGUGAGUGGAAGCCGGAUAUUUCUUGUGAUGUUCCUGCUGAUAUCUAUCAAGAUGGAACUCGUCUUUGGGCUAUUGAUAAACCGAAUAUCUCUCGUCCACCCGCUGGCUGGCAACGUUUACUGCGGAUUAGAGGUGAAGGAGGUACCAGAUUUGCUGAUGUUUAUUAUGUUGCUCCGUCUGGAAAGAAGCUUCGAUCAACUGUGGAGGUCCAAAAGUACUUGAAUGACAACUCCGAAUACAUUGGAGAAGGGGUGAAACUUUCACAGUUCUCGUUUCAAAUCCCGAAACCGCUGCAGGAUGACUACGUGAGGAAGCGCCCAGCUCGACUACUGGAUUCCAUCGAUAAUACAAACACCCCUGUAGCUAAAGAAGCUAAUCCACUGGCAUGGAUAUCUCCAGAUGAUCAUAUAUCGUUGCAGCUAGGUACGCCAACCGAGUCUGGACUUAACAAUUCACAUUACCAACCAUCGAAAAAGAAAAAAACAUCGACGCUAUCAAUCUUUGGCUCCAACGACGAACUUGCUGAUAGAUAAUCUAGCUAGACGAGAGUGAACUUAUCUCGUCUUCUCUGGUAUAUAACCCGUCUUCUUUCUUCGUUUUUUGGGUUUGUCUUAUCGAAGAAACUGAAAGCAUGUGGUUAGCUUGUUUUUUGUGUAUACCAUCUAUUUUGUUUUGCAGUGUAACAUACUUUCUAUGAAGAAGAUGGGUCCUUUUGGUUUUUGCUUCCAAAUAACUGGAUUUUCAUGCUGAAAGUUUUUAAACCUAAAGUUUGAUUAUUACCAA